CUGCAGUAGAUCUGUGCAUCAGCUACAGUGGACAAGAAGCAACAGAGAGGUACCCAGUAUGCUAGAAACCUGCACAAGGGAAGGAGAGAUGGAGCCAUAGAUCUCAGAGGGGAAGCUUCCUGCAUUUGAGAGAAGAAGAUACCAUUUGUUUGGGGAAAAGUGUGAAGAAACACAGUGAGGAUCUGUACAGUUAAGAAGGAAGGAACUCUUCUUCAGAACCACAACAGAUCUCGUUAUCUUUUUAUAUCACUAUGCUGUUAUAUGAAGUACCGGGAAGAUAAGACGAAAACAAUCAUGCUUAGUAUGGUCCACCAGGGAAUAAUGGCUUAUAGAACUGAAUGACAUUAGAAAGACUUGUUGGUCUGUUCAAGAGUCCUUUUUAAAACUAACAAAGAAGACAGCAAGAAUGUCACUCCAGGGUCCAGGACUGCUCCUUCUGUGCUACCACUGUUGAUUCUCUGUGAUUACUCAGUAGGAACCUAGAAUAGGAUGGGUGAUGGACUUAUGAAGGGAGGUGAUAGUCUCCAUGGAGUGGCUGCAGAAUCCUGGCCGGGUAAGAAAGCUCCUGCAGACAUCCCAGAGCUCUGUGCUUUUCAAUUCCAGCCUGGAUACCAAACCCAGAAAUGUGACAUCUGAAUCUGUGGGCCUCUUCUUCAUGCUUUUGAUUGACUUGACAGCCAUCAUAGGCAAUGUAGCCAUUAUGACCGUCAUCAUCAAGACGCCUGCAUUGAGAAAGUUUGUCUUUGUGUUCCACCUUUGCCUGGUGGAUCUCCUGGCAGCUGUCACUCUAAUGCCUCUGGCUAUGCUGUCCAGCUCAACCUUCUUUGAUGGCACCGUCUUUGGGGAUGCCAUAUGCCGCACUUACCUGUUCCUGAGUGUCUGCUUCAUCACCAUGUGCAUCCUUUCUGUUUCAGCCAUUAAUGUAGAACGUUACUACUAUGUGGUGCAUCCCAUGCGCUAUGAAGUGAAAAUGACCAUAGGCCUAGUGGUCUGUGUCCUGGUUGGUGUCUGGAUCAAGGCAGUAGUAAUGUCCAUCAUCCCCAUUCUUGGAUGGCUUUCCCAAGAUCAUGGCAGUAGCCCCUCAGCGUACCAUGAACAGAGCUGCACCUUGCAAUGGAGUCGGAGUGCCUACUGCAAAUUUUUUGUGGUUUUCUUCGCUAUUUUCUACUUCCUCUUGCCUGUCUCCAUUAUCCUGGUGGUCUACUGCAGUAUGUUCAAAGUGGCCAGAGUAGCUGCCAUGCACCAUGGUCCCCACCCUACUUGGAUGGAUACGCCACGGCAGAGGUCAGAAUCCCUUAGCAGUAGAUCUACUAUGGUGACUAGCUCAGGAGCCCCCCGGACUACCCCCCAGAGGACGUUUGGGGGUGGAAAAGCUGUCCUCAUCCUCGUUGCUGUGGGAGGACAAUUUCUCUUUUGCUGGCUGCCCUAUUUCUCCUUUCAUCUCUAUUCUGCACUGAGCCCCAAUUUCCCUGGUCAGCAGACUGAGAAUGUGGUUACUUGGAUUGGCUACUUCUCCUUCACUUCCAACCCUUUCUUCUAUGGAUGCCUCAAUCGUCAGAUCAGAGGGGAGCUUAGCAAACACCUCACCUGUUUCUUCAAGCAGCCGCCAGAAGAGGACCUCAGGUUACCAAGCAGAGAAGGCUCCAUUGAGGAGAACUUCCUGCAGUUUUUGCAAGGGACCGGUUGCAGUGCCGAGGCCAGAAAUAAUCUUUCCCACUCUAGUCCCCAAAGAGACCAAACAACCAUUGACUUCCGUAUCCCAGGACAAAUUGCAGAAGAGACCUCAGAGUUCCUGGACCAGCAUAUGAACACUGACAUUACUGUCUCAGACAGCUACAUCCGGGCAGCCCAUUUACCCAAGCCAGAGCUGUAGCUGGGUUGGGUUUUUCCUUUUUCUUUUUUGCACCUGACAAUCCAGUUUUAUUGGUGUGUGAAAUAAUGCAGAAAUUAACAGCUGAGGGAGUUGUGGAGGGAGGGGGGGAUGAGUAUUUAAUAAACACAACCAUGGGCAAUUGGAACCAUAUCUGUCCAAUUCACUA